AUGGCACGUCCAGGAAAGUGCUUUCUCAAUGUCGCGGCGGUGGUGAUGAUGUUGGUGUUGGUUCUUCCAUCCUUGAGCUAUGCCGCUUCAUAUAAUGUAGGGGACGAUUUCGGCUGGUCUUAUGAUAUUGAUCUCGAUACGUGGGUCGCCGACAAGACUUUCUAUGUCAAUGAUGUUUUAGUAUUCAUCUAUGACAACACCGCUCAUGACGUGGUCUCUGUUGAUGCAAAUGGGUACAACACAUGCUCGACGAGUACAUACUACGGGACCUUUACCAGUGGCCAUGACGAGAUAACACUGACGAGCGCCGGCACAUGGUACUUCAUCUGCUCGUAUCACUGCGACUUCGCCAACCAGAAGAUGGCGGUCCCCGUCUAUUCAUCGUGA